UUUUGCCGUGGGUAUUUUCUUGUUCGACAUCAGUUUGGAAUUUUUCUUUCCACAAUUCCAGUGGUUUUCAAGCACGAAGUAUUUCCUUGCUGGAAGAGCAAUUACAGUUCGGUCUAGAUGGCUCUCGAGAUAGAAGCUGCGGAUGUAGUCCGUCUUAUUCAACAAUAUUUGAAAGAGAAUAACUUGCUCCGGACUUUGGCAGUUUUGCAAGAGGAGUCACAAGUCUCUCUCAACACUGUGGAUAGCUUGGAUGGCUUCGUCUCAGACAUCAAUAACGGUCACUGGGACACUGUGUUACAGGCUAUUCAACCUCUGAAGCUUCCAGACAAGACGCUGAUCAGUCUCUAUGAGCAGAUUGUUCUCGAGUUGAUAGAACUCCGUGAACUUGGCGCAGCGCGAUCACUGCUGCGAGAGACAGACCCUAUGAUCUUGUUGAAGCAGCAAGAUCCAGACAGGUACGUUCGUCUGGAGCAACUUCUUCAAAGAAACUACUUUGAUGCUCGCGAAGUUUACCCUGACGGAGGCAGCAAGGAGAAGCGCAGGGCUGCCAUUGCACAGGCCCUGUCUGGUGAGGUAUCAGUGGUACCACCGUCUCGCCUGCUUUCUCUGCUUGGGCAGUCCCUGAAGUGGCAGCAGCAUCAAGGUUUGCUGCCACCCGGCACUAGCAUUGAUGUGUUCCGUGGCAAAGCUGCUCUUCGUGACCAGGAGGACGAGACAUAUCCAACGCAGGUGCACCGUAACAUCAAGUUUGGCACGAAGACGUUCGUUGAGAGCUGUUUGUUCUCUCCCGACGGUCAAUACCUGGUCAGUGGGAGCACAGAUGGUUUUGCUGAGGUGUGGAAUUUCCAAACUGGGAAAAUCCGUAAAGACUUGAAGUACCAGGCCCAGGAUAACUUCAUCAUGAUGGAUUCGUCGAUCACAGCCCUUAGUUUCAGUCGUGACAGUGAGAUGCUGGCAACAGGCAGCAGGAGUGGAAAGGUCAGAGUGUGGAAAAUAGCGACAGGGCAAUGCCUGCGCAAGUUUGAGAAUGCACACAGUGAUGCCGUCAGCUCGAUUACGUUCUCCCGCGAUAGCGCGCAGCUGCUCACCGCGUCGACAGACGAGCUAGUUCGCAUCCAUGGCCUGCGGUCGGGCAAGACAUUGAAGGAGUUCCGCGGUCACAGGUCAUUUGUCAAUCUAGCAGUGUUCACCCAGGAUCAGCACAAUAUCAUCAGUGGUUCCAGCGACGGCUCUGUCAAGGUCUGGAGUGUGAAAACGACCGAGUGCCUGCACACAUUCAAAGUUGCCAUUGCCGGACAGGUCGGUGAGCUUCCUGUCCUGUCGGUGCAUGUCAAUCCUCGCAACACCGAACAAGUCAUCAUUUGCAACAGAUCAAACACCGUGUCCAUCAUCAACCAGCAAGGCCAGGUCGUGAGGAAGUUCACGUCGGGAAAACGUAGCGGCGGUGACUUCGUUGCGUGCGCUGUCUCGCCGCGAGGAGAAUGGAUUUAUGCCGUUGGUGAAGAUUUCAUCCUCUACUGCUUUAGCACGACGACCGGAAAGCUAGAACGUACUAUGGAGAUCCACGAGAAGCAGGUACGUGGCCUGUGUCUACAUCCGCAUCAAAACCUGCUGGCUACAUUUGCAGAGGACUCGCAGCUAAAGCUAUGGAAGCCAUAGUGUCGUGCUAGUUCCAGUGAUACUGUUCACCCCUGUCCACCUUGUACAUAUUUCCUCGUCCUCCUGGUUUGCAGGUGUUCCCUUUCUGUACCAGUAGUGUUUUGAGGACCUGAUCUUGCAACAGCCAAUUAGCGUUGACUACAGUGUCGUAUACAGCUAGCCAUUGUGUAUAUUGUUGUGCGGUGUCUUGUUUGCGCUCUGCACUUGUCUCCGUGUUUUGUACAUGAUGCAUUUUAGAUUGUGUAUUGCUUUUCUAUUCGAGACACAUGACAAGAAAAAAUUAGCGGAUUGCUCAUAAAAUCUCUCCAUUUCCCUUCCAACAGGACUCCAUGAAACCUACACUCUUCUGAUGUAAACAAUAACAUGACAUAACUCUGCCUUUCCCCUCGCCUUGAUCUCAUUGUCGUUUCUAUGUUGUUAUUUUUUUAGGGAUUCUGGAUUGCACUUCGCAAAUGUGAUGCAUAUACAUGCACUGCAUUGAUAAUAAUUAUUUUGUCAUUCAUUGUAAACCUUGAAGUUGCUGUCAACUGUGUAAAAUUACCAAAAAAACCUGUAAUUCGGA